CACUAAUUGUUUUAAACUCUCUCCACAAGUGGUCAAUAGUUUUUUGGUGAAAGCACUGGCUUAUGUAAAACAAAUGCCAAGAGAGCAUCAGAAGGAACUCAACAAACCUCUGGCUUUUAGCUUCUGUGCGCCCUCACACGCGGACCAAAAGUUUACACCUUAUCUGCAACCAGGAUCUUCUGUGAUGACACAACUAAAUCCUUCUUGGAGAAACACGCUUGUGGGUUUUGCUAUGCUGGUGGAAGUUUCAUUUUCAGAGGCUUACAGUGAUGUUACUGGUUUAGGCAUACGUUGUGUUUGCAGAUGGAAGAACAUGGCAGGCCGCUCUCAGAGUAUAGAAAGAAAUUUGCAUUGUUGGGCUACAGGGGAAGCUGUUCCAAAAUUUCAAAAGGAUCAUAUGUUUGUCUUCUUUGAUGUCAAAAUGCGUCCAAGUACCGAUGAAGGAUAUGAGCCGGAUAUAUUCGCUGAUUUAGUUGUGUUUGAAUUCUUUCCUGUCGACAGGCAGAAGAAGCGGCGUGUAGAUGAUAGUUGCACAGUGAAAAGAUGUGGAGUCUCUGCAAUUGAUGCUGCAACUGGCGAAACAAGUCUUAAGAUGAGUUCAUCAAAUUCUUUUUGGCAUAGUAAAAAAGUUGAAGAAAUUUCAAGAACCAGCUAUGAUGGUUUACAGGAGAUGGAUAAAGUUCUAUUUCUUUACAUGGCAUGUUUGUUCAAUGACGAGGAUGUUGAUUUGGUGGCACCACUUAUUGCCAACAUUGACAUGGAUGUUAGCUCUGGGAUCAAGGUCUUAGCCGAUAGGUCUCUCAUACGUGUAUCAUCUAAUCGGGAAAUAGUUAUGGAUUCUUUGCCACGACGAAUGGGUAAAGAAAUCUUGCAUACAGAAUCUAUGCUGCCUGGUAGCUCAAAAGACUUUGGAAAGAUUGCCUCUAUGGGUCUUUCUUCGCCUCACAAUCAGAAAUGUAAUGUUUUCCUGAGGUACAGCAGACAAGAUAUUCAGAUAAACUUCCUCGACUACUUGAUUGCAGCUCUUAGAAAAAACGUAAUCCCUUCAUCCAAAAGAUAUGGGAUAAAAAUAACACAAGAGGUACCGGAGUCUCGAUCGACGAUCUCAAUCAUCUUGUUUACGAUCAAUUAUGCCUCUUCAAGCUGGCUCCUGAACGAAUUGGUGGAGACUGCUAAGAGCAAUGAAGACGUGAGUCAUAUGGUGAUACCAAUUUUCCACCCCGAUUUGGAUCCCUUGGAUGUUAGGGAACAGACGGGAGAAUUUGGAAGGCGAUUCGAAGAAACUUGCAAGAACAAAACAGAGGAUGAGAAACAACAAUGGCGCCGAGCUUUAACCGACAUAUCAUCCAUAGGAGAAUACAAUAUUACAUAUUGUGAUAGCUCUGAUGAAGAAUUCAUAAAAUCGAUGGUCAAAGAGGUUAAAGAUUUAAUGGCGAGGAUCCGAAUUAAGGGAAAACCAUCAAGAGAAGUAAUUAGUCAAGGAGUUGUGUUUGUUGUCCCUGCAAGGCGCCUCGAUAUCACUCAUUCCGAGAAUCCUAAUUUAUGGACAUGGGGUUAUGUACAAAGUGAAGCAGACAUUGAAAUCGCAAUGCUGAAUAAAAUAUACUGGCUACAAAUAAAGGGAUAUUUUGUCACGAGGGAACUAACUCCAGGAACAAAGUACAAGGUGGUGUUUAUGAUAUACUUAGAUGAUACAGCAUCCGGGUGGGAGGAGCCAGUGACCCUAAAUUUGAAGCUGAAACAUCGCGAUGGAAGCCAGAGUAUACAAGAGUCGACUUUGUGUUUAAAUGACUACAUAUACAACAAUUGGGUUGAUAUUCAAGCUGGAGAGUUUGAGGCACUGCCAGAGAACGUGGUGGAGAUCUUCUUCUCUUUGCAUCAAUAUGAGUACUCUAACCGGAAGAGUGGGCUCUUGGUCAAAGGUGUCACAAUUCGUCCAACGGACCAAGUCAUUAUAUGAAUGGAGAAGAAUAUUGGAUCAGGUUAGAAGAGAAGAAAAUGGAUUGCAUAGGAUUAUCUUUCUAUAUAUCAUUCCUUAUAAGAAACUUGGAUUAUUAGUAACGAACAAGUAAAAUAAGAGAAUUCCAUCAUCUAUAUAUACAUUUUUGGA